AUGGCAUAUUCGGUUAAGAAUGAUACACAUUUGGCGACCCAAGAAUAUCUACAGAAAAUAAUCGAAUUAAAAGAUAAAGAACUGGCUGAACAAUCAAAAGUUCUGCGUCUGUUAGGAGGAUCUGACUGCCAAAAUAAUUCGAUUGCAUCUAUACUUAAGUUGCCCCACACUGACCCUAUCCUCGUGCCCUGUGACUCCACGAUAGCGGGACCUGGUUGGAUCAUGAUUCAACGUCGAGUUGAUGGAACUGAAAACUUCAAUCGCAACUGGAAGGAAUACAAAAAAGGAUUUGGGAAUCCACUACAUGAAUAUUUUAUCGGAUUGGAUUAUAUCUAUUUAAUUACACAAUCGCAGCCGCAUGAGUUAUAUAUACACAUGGAGGACUUUAAUAAUGAGACCCGUUAUGCUCGUUACAGCAAUUUUCUUAUUGGCAGCGAAGAAGAGUCGUACGUGCUUGAAAAGCUUGGCAAUUAUUCAGGAAAUGCUGGCGAUGCCCUAAAAUAUCAUUUGAAUAUGAAAUUUUCAACAAAAGAUCAGGAUAACGAUACGAGCAAGGGGGACUGUGCAAAAGAUUACGAGUCUGGAUGGUGGUUUUAUAAUUGCUAUAGAUGUAAUUUAAACGGGCGAUAUGCCCUAGAUGUUGAGCAAAAUGAUGAAAGCAUAUCAUGGGAUGAAUGGCAUUUGAAACCGCUUAAGUUCACACAAAUGAUGAUUCGGGCGAAGUCGUAUUAA